GAGGGGGCGGCGGAGGGAGUGAGAGGGGGAGCUACGUGACGCCUAUCAGCGGCGGAGAGGUUGAGCCGUAGAAGAGGCGCAGGCUUCAGUCGUGUCAGCUCUGAUGUGUGUCCCUCGUUUGCGGGCUUUUGACUGACGCAAUCAUUUGCUCUGAUCCCGCAGCUCGCCUGUUGCCGCCUCCGACACCAAGAAGUAGCCCCGAGGAACACGAGAAGACGCGCGGUGGCUUUUCUCCAGACCGGUUUUCCGCCUCGGAUCCUCCUCCUCCCGCCUGGUCCAGCUCCCAUCCGAGCCGAGGCGACCGCGGGAGGCGCACCGCUCCGAGCCGCGCGCCGCUGGCUUCCCUCUGAUUUUUCUGUCUUUAUUUUCAUUUUUCUCCGUUCUAACGGCGUGCCCCCUCCUCACACACUCCCACGUCGAUCUAUGUGGGAGCCCUGAGAGCGCACCCAGGGGGGGGAAACUGUAUCAAAGCCCCGCGGAUCCCCCACGCAGCCUCGGAUCACCGUGGCCACAGACAAACUCCCUGCCGGGCCCCAGAAGCCGUCAUGCCGCGGAGGAAGCAGCAAGCGCCGCGGCGCGCCGCAGCUUACGUCCCCGAGGAUGAGAAAGAGGCAGCCCUGUUGGAUGAAGAACGCGACGGAGAAGACUCGGCCCAAGAAGGCGAGGAAGCGACAGUCAAGAACUUCCUCUUCAAGGACAGACCAGGAUCCACCGGCAUCCACGACUCCCCCAACGCUGCAGAUUUCUCCGGUCAGGAGAUGGACAGCGAGUCUCACCUGAGUGAGUCCAGCGACAGAAUGUCCGACUUUGACAGCUCCUCUAUCAAAAAUGAGGAAGAUGUCCUCUCUAAAGAACCUUCCAACGGGCUGUCACCGUCCGCUUCUGCCAUGAUGGCCACGGCUCCUACCUCGCUGAGUGGUGACGAGGCCAUGAUACCUGCGACCGGGUCUGUGGCCGACAGCCUCGAGAAGAUGAAGGCCAUUUACACCUCCUUCCUGACCAAUUCCUAUUGGUCGACUCUGAACUUGAACAUGAGUCAGCCGCCUGCAGAGAAGCUGCCUCGCAGUCACAGCAGCAGCAGCAGUAGCAGCAGCAGCAGCAGCUGUGGGAGUGGAGGUUAUGACUGGCAUCAAACCGCUAUGGCUAAAACUCUGCAGCAGGCCUCCCAGAACCACCACAACAGACUGAGCAUGGCUCAACACCCCACGGUGGCCGUCUCCACGGCGUCCACGGAGCCCAACCUCUUUAGUACUGUUCAGCUCUACCGGCAGAGCUCCAAGCUGUACGGCUCCAUAUUUACCGGUGCCAGCAAGUUUCGCUGCAAGGACUGCAGCGCCGCAUAUGACACUCUCGUGGAGCUCACGGUACACAUGAAUGAGACCGGACACUACCGCGACGAUAACCAUGAGACAGACAGUGAGGGCACCAAACGCUGGUCCAAGCCCAGGAAGCGUUCCUUGCUGGAGAUGGAGGGCAAGGAGGAUGCACAAAAAGUUCUGAAGUGCAUGUACUGCGGACACUCCUUCGAGUCUCUCCAGGACCUGAGCGUCCACAUGAUCAAGACAAAACACUAUCAGAAAGUGCCUCUGAAGGAACCCGUGACGCCGGUGGCAGCUAAGAUCAUCUCCUCCGCCCGAAAAAGAGUCCCCAUCGACCUGGACAUCCCAAGCUCGCCUGACUCCACAGGAGGCACCACCCCCAAGCCCAUUUCCCUCAAUGAUGACAUCCUUCAGAAGAUCAACAACCCCUACAUCACCCCUAACAACCGCUACGGACACCAGAAUGGCGCCAGCUACGCCUGGCAGUUUGAAUCCAGGAAGUCGCAAAUCCUGAAGUGCAUGGAGUGUGGCAGCUCCCAUGACACGCUGCAGGAGCUCACUGCACACAUGAUGGUGACGGGACACUUUAUCAAAGUCACAAACUCUGCUAUAAAGAAAGGUAAACCCGUCAUCGAGUCGUCGCCCCAGGCCCCCAUGUCCAACUCAACAACUGAGGAGAAGGUGCAGUCUGUUCCCCUGGCUGCCACUACUUUCUCCCCUCCCCCUGCCCCAGUGCCUCCUCCAACCAGCUUGUCUCCCACUGCAAUGGUUGUGGAGAUAAAGAAGGAAGAGAAGGAAGAGGGGUGCACUGAGGAACCCAUCAUCAACAACACACUCAAAGACAAGAGGGAAGGAGGGGAGGAGGACACUGAGGAAAAGUUUGAUAUUUCUUCAAAGUACACCUAUCUAACAGAGGAGGACCUGGACGAAAGUCCAAAAGGGGGUCUAGAUAUUCUUAAGUCUUUGGAGAACACAGUGACGUCAGCCAUCAAUAAAGCUCAGAAUGGAGCUCCAAGUUGGGGUGGGUAUCCCAGCAUUCAUGCCGCCUACCAGCUCCCAAACAUAAUGAAACUCUCUCUGGGGAACUCCGGGAAGAGCUCCCCCCUCAAAUACAUGUUCCCCGGAGCUGAAAUUCUCUCCCCCACUGGGAAGAGUCAAGCCCUGCUUUCACCUCCCAGCCGCCAGACGUCUCCACUUCCUAAAAAUAACUUCCAUGCCAUGGAGGAGCUGGUAAAAAAGGUGACGGAGAAAGCGGUCAAGGUGGAAGAGAAAACUAGAGAAGCCAGUGCUGCCGUGAAGGAUCUUCCUCAGAGACACGCUACGCCUUCGCCCUGCAACAGUGAGACGGAGAACGCAGCCCAAGGCGAGUCGCCCAAAGAAAACAGAGCAAACUGUGAAACCCCCAACAAGGGAAGCGGUGGGGGUCAAGGAAAAGACGGAAACGAUGGAACCGACCACAGAGAUUCAAAUGGUAGCAUAACCAUGAAGGAACCAGUAGAGAACGGAGUGGAAUCCCCGGCCAUAACAUCCCCCCUUCCUGCCACUCUGGGUAGCAGUACAACCAUCAUCACCGACCAUCCGCCUCCAGAACAGCCCUUCGUCAACCCUCUGAGUGCUCUACAGUCAGUGAUGAACGUACACUUGGGGAAGGCUGCCAAGCCUGCCUUGCCUUCCCUUGACCCAAUGAGCAUGCUGUUCAAGAUGAGCAACAGCCUAGCAGAGAAAGCCGCCGUGGCUUCUUCCACCCCACCAGCGCACGCCAAAAAGACUAACAAUGACCACUUGGACCACUACUUUUACCAGCAGCACAUAAGCAACGACCAACCCAUUGAUCUCACCAAGGGAAAAGUAGCCGAUAAAAGCAGCAACGGAGGCUCUUUGGGCUCCACUGCGCUAUCUUCUACCACCUCCACACCGUCUGUGUCCCCCUCCUCUGCUGUAGCAAUGACGAAAGCCUCAGCCGCUGUCGCUUCCUUCAUGUCCACCUCCCCUUUGAGAGAAAAUGCCCUGUCCGAUAUCUCUGACAUGCUCAGAAACCUGACCGAGAGCCAGGCCACGUCCAAAUCCUCCACGCCCACCAGUCAGUGCGAGCGCUCCGACAUUGAAGGGGCCACACAGGAGGAGACUGAAGACAUCUCUCCUGCCCAAAAACGAAAAGGUCGCCAGUCUAACUGGAACCCCCAGCAUCUCCUUAUAUUACAAGCACAGUUUGCUUCUAGUUUAAGACAAACCAAUGAUGGCAAGUACAUGAUGUCCGACUUGAGCCCACAGGAAAGAAUGCACAUCUCCCGCUUCACUGGCCUUUCAAUGACUACUAUUUCACACUGGUUGGCCAAUGUGAAGUACCAGCUGAGAAGAACCGGUGGCACCAAGUUCCUGAAGAACCUGGAUUCUGGUCACCCGGUGUUCUUCUGCAGCGACUGCGCCUCACAGAUUCGCUCCCCUUCCACUUACGUCAGCCACCUGGAGUCCCAUCUAGGCUUUCGUCUGCGGGACCUGGCCAAGCUUUCGGGGGAGCAGCUGCUCACCCAGAUAUCCCAGCAUCACCACCACCAACGUCACACAAAAGGACUCACUGAGAAACUUUUUGCAAACCUUCACCCAACCAGCCACCCUUUACCGUCCUCUUUGGCCACGUCCCUGCCCUCCUCUUUACCCAUCUCCAUGACCUCGUCCUUGACCACGUCUUUGGCCUCGACCAAGUCCCCGCCGCCGUCCCCCGAGGACGACGACAGCGGGGCCAUCUACCAGUGCAAGCUCUGCAACCGGACUUUUGCGAGCAAGCACGCGGUGAAGCUUCACCUAAGCAAGACUCACGGAAAAUCCCCCGAAGACCACCUCAUGUACGUGUGUGAACUGGAUAAACAGUAGCACUUUUCAGCGCGACUCUUCUAGCGCUCCGACAUUUAAAACAAAAGAGAGGAUUACGAUGGAACCGCACAAUAAUUCCACAAAACUACGGCUAAGGGUGUGGGCACAUGGUUUCACAUUCAGUCUUGUAGCAGUUUUAUUUUAAAGGUGAGGCGGUCUCACUCCACCCUCAAGUCUUUUGACUGAAACUGGACGUUUUCCUCAAAAGGAACAAAACUUCUGAGACAUUCUGACAUUUUCUGUGUUAAAAGGAUUUACGCUGUUUUCUAUUUUGGCAUCUCUAAGGUGUGAUAAGCUGCAUGCAUUAAUAAAAAAACAGUUUAGUUAAACAUUUUAUAACUAAAUCUGGUGCACUUUCCAUGGUUUACAUUGUUUUCUUCUGAUUGUUCUAUAUUCUUUGUUUGUUUGUUUUGUUUAAGAUAAAGUAUUUUUAUGCUGGAAUCGGCAUUGGAAGGUUUAACCCUCUGGGUACCUCGAGGCAUUUCUACAUCCGAGCAGCCCUGAACCUCCAGGUUUACCAUUGGGAGGCUGAACUGCUUGUUUCCACACACAUUUUAUAGAGGAGAAUCUCCAUCACAUUAUUUGGAAAAAUUGUUGACAAAAUAAAAGCGUGGAAACAAAGCAGGAUUUAAAAAAGGACACAAUAUUGGACUUUGGUUGAUCAGGGGCCUAUAUUAAUUCAGGUCUGUGUAAAAUAUGUAAAUAGAACUAAUUGCUGUCUAAAUUAUGCAUCAUUUUUAUAUUUUUAAUUUAAAAAAUGUCCUGACUAUAUGCUGGUUAAACAGUAUAUGAAAACAAAUAAACUUGUUUUGCACAAAAGUUUUAUAAAUGUGUUAUCAACAGGAUGUGAAACAAAAAGACUAAACUCCAUGUAUUUCCAAGUCGUGCUCAAAGGGUUAAAGAGUUUUUUUUUUCCUUCAAUCAGCAACUACUAUACCUGUGCCCCUGUAUGAACACUAAAAUAUUAAAAAGAUAUUAAAAGUUGUACAAAAAGAUGCUACUUUAUGAAAUUAUUCACCUGUAAACUGUUAUUUAUAAGUUGUUUUUAAAGAUGCUGAAUCUUUUUCCUUUUUUUUUUGUUCUCGGUCUGUUUAAUUACUCUGCCAUGACUCCACACUGCAGCUUUAUCUUUUUGGGAUAUGAAAGGUAACCAUGGUUACAGUGGCUUCUUGACUGACAAGUUCAGCUACGUUUCUGGCAGUUAAUUUGCUGAAGUAACUGACAUCUGCCAGUGUAGAGAAAUAGCAUUAAAAGAGAAAAAAUAAAAGUUAUGUGUAAAAUAACGGCAUGUAAACAGCACAGAUCCGGUUAUGUGUUCUGUGCUGUUAGUGUUUUUUUUUGUUUGUUUGUUUUUUUUGGGUUCUUUGGUUUUCUGUUGUUGUUCUUGACAAUGAAUCCCCAUUAUAUGACUUGGUAUAACCUUUUUUUUCUACUGCAGCAUUAAAGAGACGGAAACGGUUUGGUUUUUCGCAGCAACGUA